CAGUCACAUGAUUGCUAACAUGGCGUCGCCCAGUUCCCGGCUGCUCCUGGCUGCUUUUCUGCUUCCCUGGUGUUGCGCCGCCUGGGCCCAGGAGCAUCUGGAUUCGCUUUCGCCGACACCGCUGGUGAUCUGGCAUGGGAUGGGGGACAGCUGUUGCAACCCGGUGAGCAUGGGUGCCAUUAAAAAGAUAACUGAAAAGGAGAUACCUGGCAUCUAUGUCCUGUCUCUGAAAAUUGGGAAGAACAUGAUGGAGGAAAUGGAGAACAGCUUCUUCUUGAAUGUCAAUCUCCAGAUAAGCAUGGCGUGUCAGAUUCUGCAAAGGGAUCCUAAGUUGCAGCAGGGGUACAAUGCUAUUGGCUUCUCCCAGGGAGGCCAGUUCCUGAGGGCAGUGGCUCAGAGAUGCCCGACACCUCCCAUGCUCAGCCUGAUCUCAGUUGGGGGACAACAGCAAGGAGUCUAUGGCUUCCCUAGAUGCCCAGGAGAGAGUUCUCACAUCUGUGACUUCAUCAGGAAAACACUCAAUGGUGCUGCUUACUCCAAAGCUGUGCAAGAACACCUGGUGCAAGCACAGUACUGGCAUGACCCCAUCAAGGAAGAUGCCUACCGCAACUACAGCACCUUCUUGGCAGACAUAAAUCAAGAGAGACAUGUCAAUGAGUCCUACAGGAAGAACCUGAUGGCCCUCAAGAAGUUUGUGAUGUUGAAAUUCCUUAACGAUACCAUGGUAGACCCUGUAGAGAGUCAGUGGUUUGGAUUUUACAGAAGUGGCCAAGCUGAGGAAGUCAAUCCCCUCCAGAAGACCACUCUAUACAAAGAGGACUACCUGGGACUAAAGCAAAUGGACAAAGCAGGGAAGCUAGUGUUCCUGGCGAAGGAAGGCGAUCACCUUGUAAUGUCUAGCACAUGGUUUAUCGACCACCUCAUACCCUUCCUGAAGUAAAGCCCUGGCACUCUGCAGCCGAGUUCAGGAAACCACAGCUCCUCCAAGCCAUGCAGGCAGCUCUUCGUGCCCAACCCUGACCUCUGGUCUAGCUUACAGCCAGUCCUCUCCUGUUAUCAGCUAACAUGCACUACUUGGAAAGACCUGCUGCGAUCUGAGGCUUAUCCUUUGCCGCCUCCUAUCCUUAUAUGGUGUUGAAUUCAAGUUUAAUUAGCUAAUUACCGUGGAGAUUGUUUUACAACCUUGUGAUGUGG